AUGGCCCUCCUGGCCGAAGCAAAGCGCGUGGCCGCGGAAUUCGACUUUAGCGACAAUGACGUACAGAAGACCGUGGCCGAGUUCAUCGCCGAGAUGAACGAGGGAUUGGAGAAGAAUGCGACCACCAUGAGCCAAAUCCCUACAUAUGUCACUGCCGUUCCUAAUGGCACGGAAAAGGCAAGCAGAUCCCCCCCUCUACCCAUCAGAGGACUGUACCUGGCUGUUGACCUUGGGGGAACAAAUUUCCGGGUCUGCUCCAUUCAAUUGAAUGGAGAUACUACAUUCAGUCUUACACAAUCGAAAGUAGCCAUACCACGAGAACUGAUGGAGGCCAAGACGGCGAAAGAGCUCUUUUCAUUCCUGGCCAAGCAGAUAGAGCUGUUCUUAAAGACCCACCACGAAGACCACUUCGAGGCGCACAUCAGGCGGCGUCAGACGGUCAGCUCACCCGAAGGAUACAGAGAUGAGCAUAUCUUCAGGCUAGGUUUCACGUUUAGUUUUCCCGUCCACCAGAUUGGAAUCAACAGAGGAACACUUAUUAGAUGGACGAAAGGCUUUAAUAUCCCAGAUGCAGUGGGUCAGGAUGUGUGUGCUCUGCUACAAAAGGAGAUCGAUCUCCUCAGAUUACCGGUGAAGGUAGCAGCUCUUGUAAACGAUACCGUCGGCACACUUAUGGCACGCUCCUACACAUCUCCUGGGAAGACAGGAACUCUCCUUGGAGCUAUCUUUGGCACAGGUACCAAUGGCGCCUAUGUCGAGAAGCUGUCCAAGAUCACCAAGCCAAUGGAGGGCGAAUACGAUGCCACUACUGGAGAGAUGGUGGUAAAUACAGAAUGGGGCUCGUUCGAUAACGGCAUGAAAGUUCUACCUAGCACGAUCUACGACGAGAUUUUGGACAAAGACAGUGUCAACCCUGGAAUCCAAAUGUUUGAGAAGCGCAUCUCGGGCAUGUUUCUUGGAGAAAUCCUCCGUAUUGUCCUCGUUGAGAUGAUGAAGACUCCCGGCAUUCCCCUAUUCCGCGAUGAUAGCUCCACCGUCUCGGAGUCUUCUCCCCUAUUCAAGCAAUGGGCAGUUGACAGCAGUAUCCUCUCUAUCGCGGAAGCAGAUAACAGCGAGGGACUGUCCUCUCUACGCCAGGAGAUAGAGAAGUCCCUCGGCGUCUCAGCUGCGUCCUUCGAAGAUGCCCAAGCCGUAAAGGAGAUCUCCCACGCGAUUGGCAAACGUGCAGCCAGAUUAGCAGGCGUAGCAGUCGGAGCCAUCGUCCUGCAGACCGGGCGUCUCACCCCCGGCACUCCAGACACAUCUAAAGCCGCUACCCUCCAAAAGAUCAAGGACCUUGAACUCGGCGACGCCAAGCCUGCAGCCACCGUGAGCGUGGAAGGCGAGGACGGGGGAAUCGUAGACAUCGGUGUCGAUGGCUCCUUGGUUGAAUUCUAUCCCGGCUUCGAGGAUUACAUGCGCGAUGCGCUAAGAGUGAUGGGUGGUAUUGGGGCCGCCGGCGAGAAGAGAAUCCGCAUCGGCAUCGCCAAAGACGGGUCGGGUGUCGGUGCAGCUUUGAUUGCACUCGUGGCGGCGAAGAUGGAGAAAGGUGCGUCGGGUUCUAUCGGCGGUCUCCCCACAGGAUCGGUGGAGCACAAAGAGGAGGAUAAAGGAGAGCACGCGCAAAGCGGCUGGUAA